AUGAACGUUGAUAACCAAGCUGCGAUAUCGGUGGCAGAACAUGCUGGUUACAAAUCGCGUGCGAAGCAUAUAGACUUGCACUACCAUUUUGUGCGAGAUGCUAUUCAAGACAAUGUGCUUAAGAUAAAGUAUGUGCCUACUACUCAACAGCUUGCAGACUUCAUGACGAAGUCACUACCUACGCCGCAGUUUCUUAAACUUGUCAAGCUUGGUGGAAUUGUUGACGACCCCGAGACCAGCACUUGA